AACAAAUGUGCCUCUCCAGCGAAGGUAUAAAAGCCGCAAAAAGUGGUUUCAAUACUUCAGUUGUCUUGAAAUAUAAACAGAAGAAUUGAAACUUGUAGAAUGAGAGUUUCGUCGAUAACGCUACCAUUAACAGUGGUUCUCUUAAUAUCGCUGUUUGGAUCUGCAAUACAGAAAGAGACACUCUCAGCUGAUAACGACAUAUGUAGACUUUUCGCAGAUGGCGCUAAAUUGCGCAAGCCAGGAUCUUGUAGUAUUGGAAUUGAAUGCAAGAAUUCGAAAAGUGUGGAUGUACUGGUCUGCAGUGGUACCACUGCAUUCUAUGAUCGCUUAAAGGGAACAUGCGUUAAAUCAACAUCGGACACAUACUGCAAAGCACCAUGCAAGAAGACAUCUCCAAAAUAUGUUGUUGAUCCCAAAAACUGUAAUGGGUGGUACGAAUGUAAUGGUUCAAAAGAAGUUAAGCGUGGUAAUUGCCCAGACGGAAUGCAUUUCGAUCAAAAAAAUCAAAUUUGCAAUUACAGCGAUCAACUCUCCUGCAGUUCCACAUAUGAAUUUUGUGAUGUUGUACCUGCCAACAUUCCUUUCAAAGAUGAAGCCAAUUGCCAUAAAUAUUUCGAGUGUCCUGCCAAAGGAACAAAAAUUGAAACAGUGGUUUGUCCGACUGGCUUAUACUAUGUCGCAGCUCUGGGUGAGUGUAUUGCUAAAGCACAAGUCGAUUGCUAUAAACAUCCUUACCCUGAAGAAGUUUGUGGCAAUUCCAAAAUUGCUCUACGUAAUCGAUUUGUUACUGAUGAGGCCACCUGCCGUGGCUAUUUCUAUUGCAAAGAUCUUGGUGUUGGAAAACCAGAUAGCGCACCAAUCUGGGGUCAAUGCUCUGUAAGUGAAUUCUUCGAUCAAGAAGAGGAAGCAUGUAAACCUCGUGCUCAUGUAAAAUGCAGUGAGGAUCGUUGUGAUGGUCGUGGGGAUGGUCGUGCUCUUAGCGAGAGAAAAGGUUGUCAAUAUUAUUAUGAAUGUGUAAAUGAUUACACACUUAGUGAGGAAUAUUGUGGAGACAAACUUUACUUUGAUGAAGUCACCGAAACAUGUACUAGCACUCGUAAAGAAUAUUCUGCCUGCAAAAACUAAGCUAAUUUCCAAAGUCGAAUAAGUUUGAGAAAUUAAUAGAUUUUUACUGAAUCAUAUUUCUGAGAUAAUGUAUUAAUGUUUUGGUUAUUAUUAUAAUUAAAUUAUUGAAUAAUUCUAAUAAAAAACAAAAAUAGAA